AAUGAACGGCUCCAGUACACAAACCUUCGCCCAGAGUGGGGCCCUGCUGAGAGACCGCAAGCAGAAGACUUUCAAGAUCAUUGUCAUUGGCGACAGCAGUGUGGGGAAGACAUGUCUCACUUUCAGAUUCUGUGGGGGACAUUUCCCUGAUAGAACGGAAGCAACCAUUGGGGUAGAUUUCCGCGAAAGAAGAUUAAAGAUUGAUGGAGAGGAUAUCGUGCUCCAGCUCUGGGACACCGCUGGCCAGGAGAGAUUCCGGAGAUCGAUGGUUCAGCACUAUUACCGUAACGUCCAUGCAGUUGUCUUCGUGUAUGAUGUCACUAGAAUGGCCUCGUUUAUGUCAUUGCCGUCCUGGAUUGAAGAAUGCAAUCACCACAGCCUCAGCUACAACAUACCGCGGAUUCUUGUCGGCAACAAGUGCGACUGCAAGGACCACCUGGAAGUCCCUACCAAUGUGGCACAGAGAUUCGCCGAUCGCCACAGCAUGCCACUCUUUGAAACUUCAGCAAAAAAUGAUAAUGACUGUGAUCACGUAGAGGCCAUCUUCAUGACUCUUGCCCACAAGCUGAAAGCCUCCAAACCCAUGAUGCCCAUAGACCCCACGCAGUUUCCCCCAGAAGACAUUCACAGAGCGGAAGUCAUGUCCAUCGGCAGGGAGAGGAACGGGGUCGAGGUACAGAACUCCAGCUCCUGCUACUGCUGAUACAGAGCUGAGCCCGUGUGGUCCAACAAGAACCUUCCAGGCAAAACUGCCCAGCUUAGUUAUCUGGUAUUAUUUAUGAUUAUGUGGAAGUGGCACCAGCAAGGAAGGAUUGCCCUUGCAGGGUUUACAGGACAAACGAGAUCCUUCUGCAGGAGCUAGAUCAUGCAAGUAUUUUUCUAUCCCAGCCUGGCAACUUUUAUAUGCUGGUUACUUUUGCUUGCCCUGAAUUGUGGCCAUUUACACAGGAAAUAUAAAGGUUCAUCACAGUGUAAAGGAUUUUUGAUAUGCAAGAUACGAUAAGAAGCCACUGUUUUAGAGGGAUCAAGGAGUCCCUCGUCACAGAACAAGCUUUUUGGAGAUAGUUUGUAAUACAUACUAGUUUGAAUUACGAGUAGCAGCCGAAUACACCAAUGGCUUCCUCAAGGUUACUGUACAUGGUAGCACCAUAAACAUAUGGUUUGGAUAGGAAACAAUAUGCAGAAACCCUAGGAUGAUUUAAAAUUUUGCAAUCUAAGUAUCCAGAAGCACGAAACUCUCUCUGCCUUCCCAUUCAAUAAAGUUGUCAUGUAGUGAACGUGUGAAGAUGCAACUUGCAACUUUGUUAAAUUAUAAUCUAUUUAUUAUCGUAAAGUUAUCAGGAUAUUAGAUCUUUUGAAGAUUGUAAAUACAUUCCUCUCAUAGCUCCAGACCGUUUUUAUCUUACGAGUCGGUGAUAUCUAGGUAUUGGUUUUGUUCAAAUUGAAUUCAUUGCUUUCCCCAUGCCUGUAUUUCUCUAUAUGUUAAUCGAGGGAAAAUAGAGUUUGUCUUUGAUUAUAAUUAAGGUUCUUGUGUCUGAGAAGUCUAUGUAUAAAAUCAGCUCUAAAAUUCUGAAAUCGAAUAUAUGUAAAAUAGUUUUUUGCAGCUACUUUAGUAUGUUAAGACUUUUCCAUUUUUUGCAAGUGAAAGUCAACUGCAACACACAUUUUUAUUAGUGAUCUGAAUGUGUCCUAUGAGUUAAUGGGUGUUUAUAACGACUAAUUUGUGCAAUAUGUGAUAUUGAGAAAAUGCAGUAAUUUAUAGGAUAUAUUAUUUAUUAUUGUUCAGAUUUGUAUGGGAAUCAUGUUCAUCAGAUGUCGAAUCUACUGUUUCUGAUUUUUUCCACUCAUUAUUCCAAAUAGAAUAAAAAGUAGUGCCUAUUUCUUGGUUUAUGUAUGUGUUAAAGGACAUUGAUGGCUGCUCUUCUAUGCAAGGAAAUUUCAAUCAUGUUCAACUCUGCACUUUGAUUCAGGGAUUUUUUUUUUUUCUUUUUUCUUUUUUUUCUUUU